GGUACAGACGAAAAUCCCCGCAAAUCGGCUUGCAUGUAUUCGGUUCGCUGUUAAGUCGAAACGCGUGACGCCGUCGCGUCUGCGUGGGAAAACAGGUUGAAAGCAGCAGCACGAGAGCAGCGGAAGUUCAUCAAACCAAAACACGUCCGGGAGACAGGAAUUUUUUUAUCUGCAGACUUGUUUAGCAUCCGGCGCCCGUUCAUCCUGCGAAGGCUUUGCUCCAUAAUCUGCCUACUAAUAUUGGUGACCCUGCUUGACAUUUGACCUGGCUUCAGUGAUGGGACGGAAAUUGGACCUUUCAGGACUGACAGAAGAUGAGGCACAACAUGUGCUCAGAGUGGUACGGAGAGAUAUGAAACUGCGCAAAAAAGAGGAGAAUCGCCUAAGUGAUUUGAAGCAUGAGCUAGAGGAGGAGGAUGCACGCUGUCUGCUGUUGGCCAAGCAGCGUGGCUUUAAUGAGCAGUGCUGCAUUCGCUGCUGUGGGCCAUUCAGUUUCUUUCUCAAGCCACGUCGUGUCUGCCUCGAUUGUCGCUACAAUGUCUGCAAAGCCUGCUGCUCCUACAGCCAGCACGAGAAUGGCUAUAUCUGUGACUUUUGCCACAAGAGCAGGCUUCUGAGGGCCCAGUCUUUGGAGUGGUAUUAUAACAACGUCAAGAGUCGCUUUAAGAGGUUUGGCAGUGCUAAAGUCCUUAACACCCUCUACAAGAAGCACAUUAUUGAGAGAGGUGCACUGUUAGAGUUGACAGACGUGAGUGCCCCUGAAGGCAGCAAUGAUAUUGAUGGCAGCGUGUGCGGCAGUGACUCAGCAUUCUCUAAGCAAAGUGAAAGUCACAGCAUCGCAGAGACUCUCACUGUUGCCCUACGUGUUGCUGAAGAGGCAAUAGAAGAAGCAAUCACUAAAGCAGAGGGCUACAGGGACAGUCUGGAGAAGCAGAAUGAAGCCAGAUAUCUGCGUGAUCAUAGAGAGGAACUUGUAGAGGAACUUGCAACAACAAUUGUUCAAAAAAUUAUUAACAGGGGGAAGCAGCACUCAGAGAUGCAGUCAGAGUAUGACCUUGUUUGGACUCCGACUCACAACAGUGACCAGCCCUCUCCUAUCUCAGCAUCAAGCACACGCACCACUUCCCAGCCCAGUACUAUCACACAGGCCUGUCACAAACCUUCUUGGAGGUCUCUAUCAGCAUUGUCCCUGACUAGUGAUGAAUCACUAGACAAAAGCCCUGAAGCAGAUAAGGUGUCUGAAGCUGCAGAGCCAGAGCCUAAUCUUGAGAUUUACUCAUCUUUGCGGAGAGAGUCACGAGCGUCCAUAUUGGGGUGGAAAAAUGUGGACCGUCUGGACAACACUAGUGCUUCCUCUGUGCUACAGUCUCCGGAUGGGAACUGGAUUGCCUUACAGACUUCCCAGCAUUCCCGUCCAAGCCUGCUAACCAAACGGAAGAGCUUGGUGUUCAGUGUGCUAGAGAAGGAAUCUGGUGUGGUUUCAGCAUAUGAUGAGAUGGGGUCAGAUUCAGAGGAUGGAGAAGAAUGUGAUACUUGGGGGCUUGCACUGCUGCAGUUCCGCCAGCGUCUCUCAGAAGAAACACAAUCAUUAAGCUCGCAGCGUUACACGGAGCACUAUUCACCAAUAUCCUCGCCCUCCUCUGGUCACUUCACAAACACAGAGACCCUAAUUUCAGACUCUGAGAAUUUAUUAGUUCCCCCUACUCAAACAAACAUUCCUGUAUACAAUGUCACUCAGAAAAACAAAGCUUCACCAGAACCCUGCAUUCCCUACAUUCCCUACGAGCACUAUAGACCUGCUGUAGGAUUGUCACACUCACCAAGGUUUGGUGCUCUGGAUGUGAAUUUUAACCCUCAGCUGGUUGGAGACAGCAGUGAUGGGGAGUAUCAAGCCAAACAGAUCCGAAGGUUUCGGUGUAAGAAGCGAAACAAAUGCGAGUCAUCUGAGCAGAGCCGUGUGCACAAUGUCAUGUACACAGGGGAGAACAGCACUCUACUGCUCAACACCAUGAUGAUGAAAGGACAGGAUAGGCAGGAGACACCACCAUCUCUUCCACCUCCCACCAAUCAAUUACCAGACACUGUGACCCCACUCAACCAUGUGACCUCUACUGCCUUUGACCCUGUGCUCUCCAGUUCACUGAUGUAUACCCAAUCUGAAAAUGACAUUUUGGACCAUAGACUGAGGUCAAAACUCGCUGAAAUGGUCUAUCAAAUCAGUAAGGAGGAAUUGACCUCUUCAGAUGACGAGCCAAUCCGUAAAGUCAUUGAUAUGCAAUGUGAUGGAGAGAGGAUGAAAGAAAGUGGUAGAGAACAACAAAGAGAGAUAAAGAAUGAGUCACAGAAAGCGAGUGAUGGCAAAAUAGAAAUGGACAGGAAUAAAACAAAAAUGGAGAGACUAAGUGAAAGAUGGUUACAAAGCCAGAUUAGCAGAGAGUGUCAGGAAAGUGAUGUGCUGAGGCAGGGACAUAGAGAAAGUGACCAGAAUAUAGAAGGAAAUGAGGAAGUAGAAAGAAAAAUGGAAAAACAAGAUUUGGGAACACAACAAAAAAUAGAGAGAGGAAGACAAGUCGAAAGGAGCUGGCAAGUCAGACAAGUGGAGACAGAAAGUGAGAAUGAAAGAAAAGUAGAAAAAGUGAAUUCAGUCGAAAUAGUGCCACACAUGAAAACGAUAAGAAGCCUACAAGAGAGCGAAACACAGCAAGUGACAAUAAUUACUGUGAAAGCAAAAGAGGCUUUUGUGGAUGUAAAGAAGAGUGUGGAAGAGCAACCCAGUGAGAACGGACAUUAUUUGACUAAGGAGAAGGUAAACAGUGUGUUGCUACAGAGAGGCUCUGGAAAAAGAGAAGAUGCACACAGCCACAGUGCUUCUGAUCCAGAUGAAAAAACAUCUGCAACAGAGAAAUAUUCGGCGGCUUCCCUAUGCAGCAUCACCACUGAGGUUUUGAAGGUCCUAAAUGCCACAGAAGAAUUAAUCGGGGAGGCUGAAGGUCAUGAUCCCCAUGACUCCCCAGCUGGGACACCACUUUCGCCUGGACCAGAAAGCAGAAAACUGGACCAGCAUCUUACUAAGAUGGAAGAGAAUGUGUACUUGGCUGCAGGUACUGUAUAUGGUCUGGAGGGGGCAUUGAGUGAUCUGGAGGACUGUGCACGCAGCAUCAGCAGUUCUACUACUGAAACUGAACUGGCCUUUCUGGAAGAUCAGGUGGCUACUGCGGCUGUUCAAGUGCAACAGUCUGAAUUACAGAUCUCAGACAUUGAAGCAAGAAUAUCAGCACUUAAAAAUGCUGGUUUGAAUGUAUCAGUGUGCUCUCGAUUUCCCAAGCUCAAGCCACAGACCUUGGAUUCCUCACGACAGCAGAGAAGAAAGCUGCCUGCUCCACCCGCCAUAGAAAACUCAGAUGCAGACUCAAAAUAUUUGCAGCCAUGAGAGCAACAGACACAACCUCCAUCCUGGUCUGUGAUCCUCAACAUCAUCUAAUUCCAUCUCAGUUUUGUCUACUGACCCUCAGGCCCACACCAGUGCCUUGAUCAAAACAUCUGCUCCUUCACAACUCCUCAGCCAUCACCCAGUCUCAAAAAUGGUCUCAGAAAACAAGAGGGAUUAUAUAAGAAUGAAGCUCCCAACCUCACCCUUCUGCCAGAAGUAUUGUGUUGGGAUUUGCUGUAUUUUCUUGGAGCAAACUCUUCUACUCUAUUGUACUGCAUCUCAUGCCAGAGCACCUGGACAUUCAUAAACAAAAAGUGUUAUGAGUUUUACUACAUUUCUGUUCUUCACCGCCCAGGGUCUCACGCUUUUCUUUUGGCCUUAGAAACUACCAUCAUAGAGUAUAUUAAUAUAAACUCCAUAUAUAGAGUUGUACAUACAGUAUAUGAUUUUUCUAAAUGUCAGUUCUGGUUCUGGAUGUUGACAGUGUGACAAAAAUACAGUUGUGUAUGAUCUGUGUUCCCAAAAGAGGCCAAACUGUGUUUCUUAAAAAUGCUAUACGUGUGAAAAGUCAUUGUGAAUCUAAAAAAGAACUACUGCACAAUUGAAAUGAAUAUCUUUUUUAAAUUAUGUUUAAUUUACAUGGAAUUAUAUCACAGGUUCCAAAAUCAGAUUAUCAGUGAUCUGUGUAUGACAAUUAUCAGAUCAAAUCAGGAGCAUGGACAUUUUUUAAUUGUGUUUUUGAUAUUGCUGUCAUAAUAUUUUCAUAACAAUGACCCAUAGAUGUAACAGGAGUGUGUGGAGAAGCACCUUCAUUACAUUGUUGAAUGUGUGGACAGUAAAAAUACUGUACAUCCCACACUAAUACUGACCACUGAAAGUUAGUACAUAAAUCCAUAUGUAUACAGUUAAUCUUCCUGCAUUUGCAUGAAUGCAGGUAUUAUUUUCUCUAGAGAGGUAUUAGUACAUAAUUAACUGCAAAAGAUAUUGUCACAUAUCCAAAUAUGGUACAGUGAAAUUAUUUUGCAUAUACUAGUUUAUUAGGAAACUAGAGUCAGAGCACACAGUCUGUCUUAAUUCAGAAGCUUGGGCACAUAGAGGAUCUUGCUCAAGGGCCCAAAACUGGCUACUUGCUGAUCUGAGUGGUGCCGAGGGGAACUGAUUCUGUGAAUCCAACAAGAGAAAGAUAAGGUGAAUUGAAAUGUUCUCUAUUAUAUGCAUAAUAAGAAAAAUGUUUAAAUGGAAAAUGAUCGACUCCUGUUAAUUUCUCCUACAUCACUCCUACAGUACAGGGAUGUUUUUAGUCUCUACUCUCCUAACUUCAUUUCCUACUUGUGUUUAGCCCAUAAUCAACCACAUUUGACAGUCAAAAAUGAAAGAGAAAGCCAUGUGGAUCAAUUUUACAGUAAAGUAUAUACUACCAAUACUUAAAAAGUAUUAAAAACUAUUACCUUGCAGAAAUUUGCAAGGUAAUACUGUAGUUGCUAAAAAUCAAUAUAAAUCCACAAACUAAGAACAAACUCAAACUCAAACUAAAACAUGGAAGGCCAAAAAGACACUAAACAGGAACUGUCAUUAGUUAUGUGUGGAAAAACAAUGUACAAUUUAAGAAUUUAAGUACAUUUCUUAUCUUGUCAUUUUACUGUGAUUUGUUAAAAUACUUUCUGCCCACAGUAUUGGUUUGUGUGCUCUUAAAACCCUUCAAGUUCCAGUUUAUUAUUCAGCUAUUCUCUGUAAAGUAUAUUAUUCAAAAACUACAGUGAAAUGUAUAGAAAUGGUAUGUAGUCAUUACAGUGAGAAAAGUACACACCGGGGGCUUAAAUAGUUUCACUUUAAUUUUAAAGUUAUGUCUGCUGUUUUAAAUAUUUUAUGUAUGAUUGCCUAAAGUGGGGUCUAAGGGGAUAAAUGAUACCUCUGGAAAUUAAAACUAAUCAAUGCUCACUAGCAUAAUAAUAUACAACUUGAGUUUAAUAGUUAAGGCUGAUUUAUCGGAGAUUUAGUUUCUGCCCUCCAUGACAAAGCUAUUGCAGUAAUAGAAUUCAAAAUCUUUAGUCCAGUGUAAGCAGUAUUAGGGAAAUAAAAGUAAAUUAACAAAAUCAUAGAUUUUAUUUUUUGUUUCCAGUGUGUUUGUGUUGUAUUACUAGCAGACUAUUUCUAAUUCUUUCAGAAGAUUUGUGUGUGUUGGGGAACACUCAGUCCUGUCCUGUGAUAAUAUCUGUGUAUAAAUGCAUGUUUCUUCUCUCAGAUAGAUUGUCCAUGAAAAGGCUCAGUGAAGAAAUGGGCAGUAUCCUGUAUUUUUCUACUGUAUAAAAUAUUCAGUAGGAUAUUGUCUGUUAUAUUCAGGAUGUGUUAGUAAGAAUUGCAAGAAUUAUCAGUAUGAUGUUGUGCUGCACAUUGUGUGUCUAGUUUCUGGUGGUUCAUCUUGUGUUUUGAAGGAGAGAAGGUGAAGAGUAGAAACUGCACUCCCUCUCACUAUUCAUUGUGAUAUUUGAAGCCAUUGCUUUUUCACAUAAGAAAAAC